AUGAAUAAUCCGGUGUGGGGGGACAUCAGCCACCUUCACGAACCUGAUGCCCAGCAGAUGGAGAUGUUCCUUGUUUCUGAUCUCAAGGUCCCCAAAGAUCAUAUCAUCUCUCUCUAUGAUCGAUAUGCAUCUCGAAAAGCGAUUAUGAACGCAUUUAUGAUGCUUCAGAAAGAUCCACGGAUCCACGAGGGAGAUCCGAUACUCAUUUUCUUUGCCGGUCACGGGGGUCUAGCUGAAGCGGAACCGAAAUGGAGGCAAAAGUAUGGGUCCAGCAAGAUUCAGGUCAUAUUUCCCUACGACUAUGGCCUCCCUGUUAGCAAUUCCAACAGCUCUGUGGAUUGUAUUCCAGACGUAACUAUUGCUGAGUUACUAAACCAAUUAGCCGCUGCGAAAGGCAACAACAUUUUAUAUUCGAUUCGUGUCACUCCGCUUCAGGAACACGUGAUGAUCUGGAACGACCUGGUCUAA